CCGUCGAAAUAUCGUCAAAAAGGGGCGGGAAAAAGCCAAAGCGCAAGAAACCGCAUGUAAGUUAUUGAUGUGAAACCAAUUUUAUUAUUAGGGGCAUCGCCUAUCAGCUGAAAGGCACCAUCAUUUCUACUCAAACUAGGAUUUGUUGAAGCUUUGAAGUUUUUGAGGGCCAUCUUAAAGUGUUAUCUUGUUCAGACACAAUGAACCACGGCAGAUUAUUGUAGAAUACUACCUGCACUGGACCUCCGCAGUGAACUGUAGCCUACCUAUUUACACAUUACCAAUGUGAUUGCGAAGUAAAUUUUUAAUCUUUCUACCUUUCUAUUCUACAGACUUCGUGUUCAGCACUUCAACAAUGCCCAGCAGAGAAAUAUUGCAUUCCCUUCAUCAGCAAAUGUACAAGAGGAAAUGAAGUGUUUCGCAAGGAAUGUUACAUCGAUGCACACUGUCCUGACGAUGAAACAUGUUCUAUCUCUGUUGGAUUUUGUUUGGCAAAGCCGAAAUGUCGCCACAUGAAACCUUAUUCAUUCUGCAGAAAGGUAUGUGUCUGAUUCGUUUGAUUUUUUUCUGAUGUCUUUUUGACAAGCAAGCCAAUGGUCGCUGGUUCAAUUUUUCAGCUUGCCCGGUGUGGAGACACUCAGAGUGACAUCAGAAGAAAAUUAAACUCGGUUCAACACCGCCACAAGUCGUUUAUGAAUGUUAUAUAGUCUGAGUGAGGACACUUGCCUUGGUAUUAGUUUAGUAUGGUACAGCUUAGUUUAACGCGCUAACGCCCAGCGUUUUCCCCUUGAAGAAUGAAAGAUUUGUCUUUUAGCCACAAAUAUGUCAUAACAAUGGCUGACUGGGGAUAGUAUAGAGAACAAUUGGAUUUUCAAAACAAGGAAAAGGCAAUGAUGGAAUAUUCCGUCAAUUCUGAUCACUGGCUGGCUGCAGGGGUGUAGCCAGACCAGAUGGGUAAGGGGGGCAUUCCCCCGUUGCUAAGCUGGCGGGCUGGGUGGCACUUGUGCAAAGGCAUUAAACACAAAACAUUCAACUUUGCUAUGUUUUCUAGGGAUGGUGUCCUUGCCCUGAUGGUUACGAGUGUAAAGGAAGAUUUAAUCAUCAGGAAUGUUUGCCCAUAGAAGUUGGAAGUGGCGAGGCGAGGAUCAUUGUAAAUUAA